UUGAAGGACUAUGUGUAGUGUAUACUGGUAUUGAGGGUAUGGGUUUUGAUGGUUUUGAAGGACUGUGAGUACCGUUGGACAGGGGCGGAUCUAGGAUUUAAUUUUUGGGGGGUAAUUAUGAGAUGGGAGGGGUAAUUAUAGGGUGUGGUCAAGCAAGCUUGUGCAGAACCAUAAAUGUUAGAGUAAAUUGUUUAGAUCCACCACUGGGGCUGGAUAAACAUUUUCACUCAAGUAGCUGAUAUGGAGAUUUGGGAGAUACUUCGAUUCUUACGUCCUGCUGUAGCAAAUAAAAUUUCAGGUGCUAAGUCUAUGUAUAUUUGUCUACCAAAAAUGAGAGAAUUUGUAGCAGUAAACGAAUCGAAGCUCAAGAAGGAGCUCACUGCAGUUGGAGGGAAGACAGGAGCUUCGAUUCCUUUCUUAAAUGACACUGCAAUAUCUUGUAGUGUGACUACAAUAAAUGGCAAACAAUGCAAAUGUUGCCAAAUACCUCAUGCUUCCAUAAGUCAUGGAAUAUUGAAGAAAUUUGUUAACCUAGAUGAGAGAAGCAAAGAGACUGCUAAUGAAUCAGAGACUGCUAAUGAAUCAGAGACUGCUAGAGUAUCUCAGAGUGCUGUACAGGAAAACGGUGAGAGAAGCAAAGAGACUGCUAAUGAAUCAGAGACUGCUAGAGUAUCUCAGAGUGUUGUACAGGAAAACGAUGAGAGAAGCAAAGAGACUGCUAAUGAAUCAGAGACUGCUAAUGAAUCAGAGACUGCUAAUGAAUCAGAAACUGCUAAUGAAUCAGAGACUGCUAGAGUUUCUCAGAGUGUUGUACAGGAAAACG